GGGUUUGGUAGCGUUGCCGUGUGCUGUGUGAUCUGCGCGCUGCGUGUAUGGAGGAAGCAGCUGCUGAUCUGAUCUCUGACAUUGUGUGAGACAGACAUCUGAAUAAACUGCGCACAGACGUGUCUUUAAACAUACCGCACCGAGGCACGCCGUGCAUGAUUACCUCUUUGAUUUAAUGGGUCCAAUCAUUGGGAUGUCGCCAGAUAAGAAAACGGAAAUUCCGGGUAUGCAAGAGGAGCGGACAGGGCUCAGAGGUGUUUGUGGUAUGGGAACACUGCCUGAGGCGGAGUGUGCGUCCAGUCCGCUGGCGACCAGCGUGGAUCGUACUGGAGGUACGGAGGAUGAGGAGCUCACCAACCUCAACUGGCUGCACGAGAACCUGCUUCAGAACUUCACUCUGGGAGGUCCAGAAGCUCAGCCCAGCGCCAGUCCCCUCUUUGACAUAGAGGGAGACUACGGGUCCAACCAGGGCCCGUCAUCCUCCUCCUCAUCUUCGUCACACAGCAGAGGCAGGGAGCGGGACUCGUUGAAGUCUAAGCCCCCUUUCUCGUUUUCUCUCCUCAUCUACAUGGCCAUUGAGCAGUCUCCCAGCAAAUCUCUGCCUGUUAAAGAAAUCUAUGGCUGGAUUCUGGAGCACUUCCCUUAUUUCUCCAACGCUCCCACUGGCUGGAAGAACUCAGUUCGUCACAACUUGUCCCUGAACAAAUGCUUCCGCAAGGUCGAAAGGAGUUUGGGAAAGGCCAAUGGAAAAGGUUCUCUCUGGUGUGUUGACCCCGAGUACCGCCCCAACCUGAUUCAAGCCCUUAAGAAGCAGCACUUCCCUGCCGCACAUGCCUUCUGCACACCACCCGCCUCCCCACCCAGUGCCUCCUCACCUCCUCGCCAUCUCUUUCUACAAGGCUGCUCAUUCAAAGAGUCUGACAUUGAUGCUGCCACUGCCAUGAUGCUCUUAAACUCUGCCCCCGGGCACCACGUUGACCCAUGCAACUCAGACAGCCCACUGGACCUCUCCCGACCCGACUCUGUCCUGGUGAGCAGUGAUCCAAAGCAGGACCACAACUACAGCAGUGUAGCCCUGCAGCGCUGCUCCUCCCGUUCCUCCUCCUCGUCUCUUUCCUCCCUGGACGAAGGAGGCUGCGACCGUAGGCAGUCCCACCGUGCCGGCAGCGAGGGCUUCCACAGUGACGAGGACUCCGACCUCUGGGACGAGAGGGGUGUCCACCAGACUUCUCGACGUCCUCCCGCCAUCAAGUGGCCCACCGGUAAGAGGCCACGGCGUGAGGUCAAGCCAGAGCUGGAUGAGGAGCUGAAGGAAGCCGCUGGGUCCUUGCUGCACCUCGCUGGUAUACGCAGCUGCAUGGAGGGCUCCAAACGCACUGUCAAGAGCACAAAACUUAACAGGAAAUGAAGAUUUUUUUUUUCCCCCAUCAGACUCCGGACCCUGUGAACCCUAACCUCUGACCCCUGAUCGUGUGUCCCAGUGUGCCUCCUUCUCCUUGAUCGUUCAUUGGCCAUUUUGAGCCUUUUUUUUGUUUGGGAAUAUCCCUGUCCAACAAAACAAAUGGCAAUAGUAUCGUUCACACAGGAGAACAAAGCCAUAUAGAGACUUUUGUAACUCUGGGGUAAUUGCUGGGGGUGGGUGUUAUGGGCUAUGGAGAACCAUCAAGAAACCUAUCCAAAAUGACCUGCCUGCUUCUGUUGGAUUAGAAGAUUGUGAUUCAAGAAUUUUUCUCUGAAAGACAAAAUGGGAAAAGCUGAAGGUUUUAUAACUCAAAGCGUUGCAUGCUUCCUCCUCAAACCUGUAUCCUCUUCCAAGUGAAUCUAUUUAUGAAGCGAAUGAGUGCAUGUUUGUAACAGACAAAAUCUAACCUCCUGGUGUUAUCAGUUUCUCCUUUUCGUGCUAAAGACAAAAAAAUGCCACUGUUUUGAAAGGAAUUCUUGCUCUAUGAAUCCUCUUGUAAGAGAGAUGCAAUAAUUAAUCCACAACCUUAACUUUUUUGACAUUAUUUCAUGGUGGUAUUUUUCAGAGUUGAGUAUGCUAGUUAAACUUUACAAUUAAGAGAAUGAAUGGGGUAGUACUAUGAUCUUGUUAUGCGAUAAACUUAUUACACAUGAGCUCUAGCUCUAUUUCAGGAUAAGCAAGAUGUUGAAAUAGUAUUACUCUGCCACUGCCAAAUUUGGUUGCAAAGUUAGCUAUACUACUUCGCUCAGUUUUGUGCGGCCAUUACAGUGCUAUACAAAUGAAAAUUGUUUUCAUUUUUUUGCAAAUCCACUGCUCACCCUGUCAAUCCCUUUCAUUCAUCAGUGUGUUUUUGACAUUUAUGUGCAGACAGAACAUUUAUUCACUUGUUUGGUGACAGCCUAUGCAAAGUGAACAUCUGCCGUGUAUUGCCAGAUGUUCAUUGUGUGUUCAUAGGUUAUCCUUCAUAGAUUUGAUUUGAUUUUUGUGUGUGUAUCAUGGUGCAUGUUGACUUCAGCCUGAACCUGAGAUGAGGGUCAUGACGGAAAAGAGUUUGAAAUGGUCAAACACUUUUCUUUUACUGACAAAGUAGUCAUACUGCUCCAAUGAAUGUGAUUGGUGUAAUGGCAGAUCUCCUCGCUACAGCUGUAUUGUAGGGCUGCUUGGUACUCUGCGUGCUUCUGGUCCUUUUGAAUGCAGAGCUGGUUAAUAGAAAUCGGGGGGACAGAAAAUUACCACAGCUUCUUGCUCCAUUAUUUGGGUUUGCAGUUUGAUUAUAUCCCCCUGUGUUCUCCUUGUUUUUUGAACCAUGUACUUUAGAUAAUUACAAAAUUAUACAGCAGAUUUUCUGUUUGCUGAUCCUGUGGCUAAAUUAAUUCACAACUUGAGGGAAGGUACAGAGUAUAGAGCCUAUUCAAAAGAACAAGAAGGGGACAAUACAGUCAUCGCUGGAGAGAACUGGACUUUGUAUGUGCAGUCGCUCACAGGUGAGAUGUUGAAGACCUGUGCUGCCCUCGUGUUGUGCCCUCAGUUCUGUCUGGCCUCCAGUGUUUCAUCCUUGCUCUUCCUCCUAGAACAAAAUAAGGAAGUGCAUGCUUCUCAAGCUGUGAAAUGGAGUGUUUAUUGUCAGUUGAUUGCAUGCAGUUUACAGAGGGGAAGUUGCGAGCCACUUGUGUAAAAGGCCUCAAUUCUCAUUUGAGCUUUUAAAAAGGCUGUAUACUCGCAGCAUACAAUACAAGGUGGCAUGGAAGCGCACAAGCUGAAAUUUAGAUUGUUUUUUCCCACAGUACUAAAUCACAUUGUGUCACAGUUAGUAUAGCAUGCAUGGUCAGUGCCAAACAUUUUCUUGUGCCACUGAUGUAAAACUGCAAAGGGCCAUGGACACUAUAUUCCCCUGCUGCCACAAUGUAGUUGUGAUUUAGAGUAACAAUGCCCUAGUUUUCUGAAUCAUCCGAACAGGAAAUGGGAGAGGAAUCUGGUCAGUGCAGUGACUUAACCAAUCUUUUGGUUUAUUUUUGUCGCUUUAGAGUGGGAACUGUUCUUAGCAGAGUACGCUGCAGUUCUCAGAAGUAAUACUUGCAUACACUGGUCUUGUUUAGCUGUGAAAAAAGAACUAAUUAUUGUUCAUUAAUCAUCACCUUAUUUAUGACAUUAAUUUAUGGGAUUAUUGAAUGCAUACUCUAUCAAACACUGGUCAUUUGAAACAAAUGACUAGGCACAUUAAUUUUUCUCCCUCUGUGAACUCCUCUUAAUAAGUAUUUUGUUUUUCUCUUUGUUUUAUUUUACAGCAAUACACCUUUUUUUCUUUCACUAUGUUAUAGUGAUUAAGUAUUUUGCCAAUGUCUAUUGUCUUUAGAGCGGACGUUUUUUUGUUUGUUUUUUUCAAUUUAACCAUGACUGCCAGGUUUUCUUGAUGUUUUGUUUUGCUUUGUGUUAUGCUGGAUAGAAGACAGUUAAUUAACAUUGAUCCUGAAACCUUUUGUUGCCAAAAUUGAUGUACAGCUGGGGUAUAAAAUUUAAGAUGGACACAUUCCCCAAAUGCUGUAGAAGUUCUUUAAAGAUGAUUGAAUCAUUUUUGCAUUCGUCUCAUGUUUAUGUUUAGAUAUUAUGACUAGGUAGUCACAAAUUGAAGAUUAGCUCUCGAUCUCAUCACUCAUUUGAAAAACAAAUUACUGCCACUCAUUACUCAUGCUUCCAGGUAUUGUUACGGGAUGUUGAAAUGUUUUCACUGAAAACUGGAUCAGACUAAUUCAGUCCCCCAGGCUGCUGCUGUGUAGUUUCAGACCUACAUUUAAGUAUACGGACAAAUGCAGAGAAAUUAUGGAGAGACUUGUAGAGGAAAAUGUCACUCAUUCUUUCUGUAGCACUUGCAAAAGAAAUGUUAUGUUGGUCUCAAAGUGACACUGAGCCAGUGAGUUGAUCUGUGGAUGAGCUACCGAAACGUUUUGGGGUCCAACUUACCCAACACAAAACCCAGUUGCUUCAUUGCUCAACAGCUGUUCUUGAAUAUUAAUUAUGUGAUUCUCCAACCCAGUAUCAGUUUGUGUCAGUUAUCUGCCAUGUCUAUUGGACCGACACACCUUUUGGUUUUUGUAUGCUAACCUCUGUUGAUAAAAUGUUUAUAAGAUUUAUUUUCGCCAAAGAUAUGCAAUUGCAUUAUAUAUGGUAUUACAAAAUAUUAAUAAAAACCUGUUCUUGUUA